AUGGAGAUCCAUAUGAAGGGCCUCAACUUCAACUUCGAUCGCACUCGAAUCAUUCUCAGCUUGGCUUAUGUUCUGCAUGGCCCCGACUUCCUGGCCCCUUCUGCGCCGAUAUACAACUUCCAUGUCCACCUCCUCCCAGACAAGCGCUUUAUGAGGCUUCACUCGGGUACAGGCUUCCUGACGCUCCCGACAAUGGAAAUCGGGGCACGGUUUCUUCAAUUAUAUGGCCCUGGAGGCGCCAAAGCAGUUGAACUGGACGGGAGAAGAGUUAUGUUCAACAAAAGUCGGAAGGAUACACCCCGCCCAGAUGCCUUGGCGACCAUUCGACUGAUGCCGUAUAGGGAUCCGCGGCAGGUGGAGAAAGAGGAAAAGAGGGCAGCGGAACUGGAAUCCUCACAGGUUCCAAUCAAUGCCAUCCAGUUUGGUUGGGAUUGCCGUGAUGGCAUUCUUUCCAUCGAAGCUGAGGACAGACCCCGCAAGUGCACCCUCAGUUUUGAUGAAGAGAAUCGUCGAUAUUGCGUCGCCUUCAUUGGAGGUGAUGGAGACACGUAUGUCAUCGCAUUCCGAGCACCGUCCAUUGACUAUAUGUCCGCCCAUUCCUACCUCGAGCAAGAGUAUGCCUUGGUCAUUUUCCUCAACGACCCGCCGACAUACCAAAGGAUUCCAAGGGAUGGGUCCUCGCAACUCGCGGGGUCGUCCGAGUCGCUAGAUUGGCUCGCCGCAUUUCUCAAGGCUCUGGAGAUCACCAAUUCAAAUUCACCCCCUAUCCCCCGACAGCAGCUCUCGUUUUUACCGAUAGAGGGUCACAAACGUGUUGCGCCUUUUGCUUCAUUGGUCCUCCGUCUCGUGUUUCGCGACCGAGGUGGCCUCGAUCAAUUCGAGCACCUCCGCAAGCUUGCCAACGCCCGGCGUGCGGAUGAUUAUGAAUACCCCAUCGACCGUCGUGGUUUAUUCUCCCAGAUGCGCAUGGACCUCCUCCAGGAACACAUUCGCAGCCUGGAAUGGGACGUCGCCUACCAGGUGGAGGCAAUCGUCGGCGAUCGGUCCAUCGAUAUCAAGGAGAUGCUGGAGAUUAUUCCCGAUAUUCACCGACUUACGAGGUCGAAGGGCAGCGAGUACACGGCGACUUUCCUGAAAGCCUUUGGCAACAAUCUCAAAGCAUUGUACAUUCACGGCGGAGAUCAGUACGACGAUGAUCCCGACAACGCCGUCAGGCGUUGCUUCAAUGAAACCGAAGACGGCUUUGCAAAAACGUAUGGCUCGCCGUCGCUAGAAGCCACAGAUGGGAGCAAUUACCAAUCCCUUCAUGUUACAGUCACCCCAACGGCGAUUUUCCUCGAGGGCCCAUACCCAGAGCAGUCCAACAGGGUCAUCCGCGCAUACGAUCCACAGCAUCACUCCUCCUUCCUUCGAGUCACUUUUGCCGACGAGGGGAGACUUCAAUACAGGUCGUCUGACCGCCAGGUCGACCAUAAAGCCUUUGUAAGGGCUCGCUUUGGAGACAUCCUCCUCAACGGCCUUGAAAUCGCCGGUAGAAGAUUCGAAUUCCUGGCCUAUUCCAUGUCGGCUUUGAAGGAACAUUCUGUCUGGUUUGUCAAACCUUUCGAUGUCAUCGAGAAUGGGCAUAGGGUGACGGUGACGGCCGAUUCGAUAAUUCAAAGUUUAGGCACCUUCGAUGGGCUGGACUUCGAGCCCAGGUUGAUGCACUGUCCAGCAAGAUACGCAGCCAGAAUCUCGCAAGCGUUUACGGCAACAGAUCUCUGUACCAUCGAGGUCCAAGACCUGGAAAUAACGGUCAUUGACGAUAUCGAGGUUACCUCGGGAGGCCACAAGUGGACACACACCGAUGGUGUAGGAACCAUGUCCCCGAUGGCAUCCAGGGCCAUCUGGAAGGCUCUCCCCAAGAGGAAAGGACCUGCCCCUGCUGCAGACCAAGUACGGAUUGGCGGUGCCAAAGGAAUGCUGUCGGUGGAUUACACCCUAACCGGGCACAAGAUUUGUCUCCGGCCUUCCAUGGUCAAGUUCGAAGCACCCACUCGCAAAUACAUCGAGAUCGCGCGGGCCUUUGACCGCCCCACUCCUUACUACCUCAACCGCCCGCUCAUCAUGAUCCUAGAGGGCCUCGGCGUUCCUUACAGUACCUUCGAACACUUCCAAGACCGUGCUGUUCGCGAAACUAGGCAGGCAGCUUCGUCACUCAGGCGGGCCGCCUCCAUGCUGGAUUCUUACGGCUUAGGGUCAUCGUUCAGAUUGUCAUCGGUCAUGAACAGCCUCGACAGGCUGGGUAUUCGACACCUGAAUCCAGACAAGUUCUACUCAAAGGCCAUGGAGUUCGCGAUUAACCACGUCCUUCGAGAUCUCAAGAACCAUGCUCGUAUUCCCAUCCCUGGAGCCUGGACGUUGGUGGGUGUAGCAGACGUCCACAGAUUCCUCCAACCGGGAGAGAUCUUUGCAUACGUCAAGCCCACAAACGAGAAGGGUUUCUAUCUCGAGGGCGACAUCCUCAUCUCUCGUUCCCCGUGCAUCCACCCCGGCGACGUGCGGAUUACCCGCGCUAUUGGUCCCCCUCCUCCAGGCUCGCCGUUUGAGCGCGAACCUCUGGCCAACACUGUCGUGUUCAAUGUCUUAGCAUCUUGUCUUGGUGGCGGGGAUUUGGAUGGCGACACCUAUAACCUUCUUCCUUUGUCCGAUCCCGCCCUUCAGGGAUUCAGGCCAACCCGAAUCCCCGAACCGUCGCAAUACGCUCCCGCGGAAAAGAGAUAUCUUGAAGAGAAGAGUACGAUGCGUGAUGUUGCAGAAUUCGUCUUGGAAUACAUUCUCUCUGACGUUCUUGGUAUGGUCUCUAUUAACUGGCGCAUCAUUGCAGACCAGAGCCGCCACGCGUACCUCGCCACCUAUCCCACAGCAAACGGUGACCCAGAUUCGACCGGGAUUUUCGAUUCUGACUGCAUGCUCCUCGCCGACCUCCACAGCGCUGCAGUGGACUAUCCAAAAUCCGGAACCCCUGUAGACUUCAAGAAAAUCCCAAGGUUGAAGCACAAGCUGAAGCCGGAUUGGAAUGCCCCGGAAACGCUGGAUGCCCAAGCGUUGUCUGAGAAAUACUAUGUUAGCUCCACCGCUCUUGGAAAACUCUUCCGGCGCAUCGAACUCCCGGUCGAAAAGGGCACAGUCGACGGGGCAUACGAGCAACAUAGGCGCAGGAGACGUAGACGAGGAAGGACAGGGGCCCAAGAAGACGAGCCGAUGCUAAACCAAGAUCGCUACUUCAACAUCAUCGCAGAGGAAGUGGAAAACUACUUGGACGAGGAAAUGUUGGUGGAGGAGUAUCACAGCAUGGAAGAGAUCAAAGGCAUUCUUUCCCGGUUCACCACGGAGCUCGAGGCCAUUUGCUUCAGCCACACCCUCUCCACCGGCCGCGACGCUUCACUAACAGAGGCGGAAGCCCUCAUUGGCACCAUCAGUCAGAAAACGUCGCAACCCAAGAGGCGAAAAGAGUUGAUGUCCAAGCUGCGAGAAAAAACUGACCUGUUGGUGCGAGGGACACGAGAAGUUCUGGAAGGUCCGGAUACCUCGAGUUUGGAGGUAUAUUUACAGCGAGCUUGGAACGCUUGGCAGCUGUCUCUCGAGCGUGGUACUCAGUUUGGAGCCCAGAGCUUUGGGUGGGUUACACUGGGCGCAGUGUUUGACGCAAUGAAGCGGAUUGAAGAAAGAAACAUGGAGGAGGAAUUUGGAGCGCAUCGGAGGCAUCUCAACUAG